GUUGAGGACAAUAAUAUUUGUGGUGGGUGAAUUGGAACAUCAACUCAAUUUUUUAUCUCAAUUUUAAAAGUUAAAUAUUCUAUUGAAUUUCCCCUCACUACUCUAGAAAUGCGUGAGUGUAUCUCCAUACAUACUGGCCAGGCUGGAGUGCAGAUGGGCAAUGCUUGUUGGGAGUUGUACUGCCUGGAACAUGGCAUACAGCCCGAUGGACAGAUGCCCUCUGAUAAGACGACCGGUGGAGGGGAUGACAGCUUCAACACGUUUUUCAGUGAGACAGGCGCGGGAAAACAUGUACCUCGUGCAGUUUUUGUGGAUCUGGAGCCUACUGUUGUAGAUGAGGUAAGGACAGGCACCUACCGUCAACUGUUUCAUCCUGAACAGUUGAUCACAGGCAAGGAAGACGCAGCCAACAACUACGCCCGAGGGCAUUACACCAUUGGGAAAGAAAUUGUUGACUUGGUUUUGGACAGGAUCAGGAAGCUGGCUGAUCAAUGUACAGGGUUACAAGGGUUCCUCAUUUUCCACUCAUUUGGAGGAGGCACAGGCUCUGGCUUUGCUUCUCUGUUGAUGGAAAGACUUUCGGUCGACUAUGGGAAAAAGAGUAAACUGGAAUACGCUAUCUACCCUGCACCACAGGUAUCCACGGCUGUAGUUGAGCCUUACAACUCUAUCCUGACCACUCAUACAACCCUGGAGCACUCGGACUGUGCUUUCAUGGCAGACAACGAGGCAAUAUACGACAUUUGCCGACGGAACCUCGACAUUGAGCGACCGACUUACACCAACCUCAACAGACUUCUUGGCCAGAUUGUCUCAUCAAUAACCGCCUCGCUGCGAUUUGAUGGAGCCCUCAACGUCGACUUGACAGAGUUCCAGACUAACCUCGUACCUUAUCCUCGGAUACAUUUCCCAUUGGUAACUUACGCUCCAGUGAUAUCCGCAGAGAAAGCGUACCACGAGCAACUGUCUGUUGGGGAGAUCACCAACGCUUGCUUUGAGCCGGCCAACCAGAUGGUGAAGUGUGACCCUCGGCAUGGCAAGUACAUGGCGUGUUGUGUCUUGUACAGAGGAGACGUUGUGCCCAAGGAUGUUAACGCUGCCAUUGCAACCAUUAAAACUAAAAGGACCAUUCAGUUUGUGGAUUGGUGUCCUACCGGAUUCAAGGUGGGUAUCAACUACCAGCCGCCGACUGUAGUACCAGGAGGGGACCUGGCCAAGGUACAGCGAGCUGUCUGUAUGUUGUCCAACACCACUGCUAUAGCCGAGGCAUGGGCUCGUCUGGACCACAAGUUUGACCUCAUGUAUGCCAAGCGCGCCUUUGUCCACUGGUACGUCGGUGAAGGCAUGGAAGAAGGAGAGUUCAGCGAAGCAAGAGAAGAUUUGGCAGCGCUGGAGAAAGACUACGAAGAAGUCGGUCUCGACUCAGUGGAGGGUGAAGGCGAAGGUGGAGAGGAUUAGAUUUUGUGACUCAAAAAAUUUAUAAUUUAAUUUUUAUUAAUUUUCAAUCAUUGUUGUCUGGAAUUUUCGGUUUUGGAAACUUAAACAACUUAAAGAAAUUUUUAAAUUGUUGAGGAUGUAGAAAAUUGUAUUCUUAUGCCGACUACAAAUAAUUC